AUGGUUCGUCUGUCGUGUGGUGUUCAAGUUACCCGAAUAACUUUGGCUGUUUUGAACAUAUUAUUUGUUCUCUUCGGCUUGGCACUGUUGGGGUUUGGUAUUUAUCUCAAAGUGAGCAAAAAAUUCGAUGUGGCAUUAUCGGAUCACAUCAAUGCACAAAUAAUCGGCGGUAAAGCUAUCGAAACAGUGGGAGUCAUUUUGAUUAUAACGGGUAUUUUCACGAUAUUGCUAUCGGUAUUCGGAUGCAUAGGUGCUUUAUUCAAAAAGCGGCUGUUUCUCUAUUUGUAUGCGGUCAUUUUGACCAUUUUAAUGGUUUUAGAAUUAGCUGCGUUUAUCACUCUGAUGAGUUCACGGGUUCGAGUACGCGAUAGUUAUCAAUCUGGCCUUUGGGAAGUAUUUCAUGAUGCAUACGAUAACGAUCGGCAAGAUAUCAUUAAGCAAAUCGAAGGAUUAGAACUUGAAUUUGAAUGCUGCGGUGUCAAUGAUUCUGGUGAUUAUCUUAAAGUGAAUCGUACAAUUCCUGAUUCGUGUUAUAAAGAUAAAUCAAAACAAACGAUUUUUGAUGAAGGUUGUGCUGACGCAAUUAUCGAUUGGAUUUGGGAUGAAUUGCCCGUCAUAGGUGGCAUCGUAGGUGCUAUAAUAUUUAUUGAAAUCUUUGGAGUGAUCGCGUCUAUAUCAUUGGGAGUCGCUAUUUCUCAUUAUUCCUUCGGAGAAAUUUAUGGAUCAGUAUAA